GUCUCUCUCUCUCUCUCUCUCUCUCUCUCUCAUACACUAUCACAAAUCUGGAGCAUCAUAUACUCUCUCUCUCUCUCUCUCUCUCUCUCACACACACACACACACAAACAAACACACACACGGCUAAAGUUCAAUGAUUGAGGUUAACCAUCUAGUUUAUGAACAAUGCAUCUAGCUUGGCCGUGCAUGAAAUGGUCACACUUAAAACAUACUUCCAAUUUCAUGAAACUGAAUGAAAAUAGGUAUGAAACUUCGACAAAAGUAUCACAAAACAAGUAUAUUUGAAGCACUUUCUGCUUACUGGCUUGAGCUGGUAUCCCACUCAUUUCCUUUCCCAAAAGCAAAAAGGUGAAACUGAAAAUGAACCUUAAAACCCUUUUCCAAGGAAAAGCAAGAUUUCAAAAUCAGCUAAAGAUCCAAAUAACAAUGAACACUGCCAAUACCCAUCUGUUAUAAAAAGUGAAAGGCAACUGGAGCAGUAAAGGUUCGGUAGGAUUUGGACAAAAUAAAGAGUUUUUCACUCUGUCAAUCACAACCACUGAAAUGAUAAGACCACAGUAAAAUUCCAGAAAGACUGUUUUCUCUUCUUCAUCGUCUUCAAUGGGUUUAAUUUUCAAUACCCUUCUCCUAAUUCUAUGCUUGAUACCAUCUAGCCUGUGCCAAGUGAAAGAGUUCAUCAGUAUAGACUGUGGAGGCACAAGCAAUUACACAGACCAACACACCAGAUUGGAAUGGGUUUCAGACACCGGAAUCAUGAGCCAAGGAAAACCACUACAAGUAGAAAACCCAAAUGGAGACUUGCAACCACAGUACAAAAUACGCCGGGACUUCCCCGUAGACAACAAGAAGUACUGUUACACUCUAAGCACCGAGGAGAGAAGGCGGUACCUCGUCCGAGCGACCUUUCUAUAUGGUACUUCUGCAAAUGAAGACACUUACCCCAAAUUCCUGCUCUACUUGGAUGCAACUAAGUGGGCAACGGUGGCAGUGCAAGAUGCUUCAAGAGUAUAUGUGAAGGAAAUGAUCAUAAGGGCGCCCUCGGAUUCCAUUGAUGUGUGCUUGUGCUGUGCAACCACGGGUUCUCCGUUUAUCUCCACUAUUGAGCUCCGGAGUUUGAAUCUUUCGAUGUAUGCUACCGAUUUUGAGGAUGGUUUCUACUUGAAAGUAGCAGCCAGAGUGAAUUUUGGGGCUGCUUCCAAGGAAGCUGUAAGGUACCCGGACGAUCCAUACGACCGAAUAUGGAACUCGGAUCUUGAAAAAAGACCAAACUAUCUGGUAGGAGUAGCCCCUGGCACAGAGAGAAUAAAUACAACAAAGAACAUAAACGUUAAUACAAGAGAAUAUCCACCUGUGAAAGUAAUGCAAACUGCUGUUGUAGGGACAAAAGGGGUUUUAAGCUACAGGUUGAAUCUGGAGGACUUCCCUGCCAAUGCUCGAGCUUUUGCAUAUUUUGCCGAAAUUGAAAGCUUGGGGGCGAAUGAAACACGAAAAUUCAAAAUGGCCGAGCCUUAUAUGCCUGACUAUAGCAAUGCUGUGGUGAAUAUUGCCGAGAACGCAAAUGGAAGCUACACUCUCUAUGAACCAAGCUACAUGAAUGUGACACUGGAUUUUGUUCUGUCGUUCUCCUUUAGGAGGACCUCGGAUUCUAAUCGAGGACCACUGCUCAAUGCAAUUGAAAUAAGCAAAUAUGUACAGAUAGGCUCAAAGGCAGAUGAACAAGAUGUGAAUGUUCUCAAUGCCCUUCGCGCCAUGUCUGAUGAAAGUGUUGGAACAAGUGAAGGCGAUCCCUGUGUGCCAGCUCCUUGGGAAUGGGUGACUUGCAGCUCUAACAUACCUCCAAGAAUCACAAAAAUUAUGCUGUCAGGCAAGAAUAUGCAGGGGGAGAUCCCAUCGGGGCUUGAGAACAUGGACGCAUUGACAGAGCUGUGGUUAGAUGGAAACUCCCUCGCAGGAUCAAUCCCUGACAUGAGUCGUCUGGUCAAUAUAAAGAUUGUGCAUCUCGAAAACAACAAACUGAGUGGUCCACUACCUUCUUAUUUUGGAAGAUUACCAAGCUUACAAGAACUGUAUGUACAGAACAACUCCUUGAGUGGCAAAAUCCCUCCAGCAUUGUUAGCAGGAAAUGUAACUUUCAACUAUAAAGGCAAUCCUGGUCUAAGUCAAAAGGGAAAGCAUAAGCCCCAUUACACGAUGAUACUUGGAAUUUCAAUAGGAAUACUUGUGAUUAUUGCCUUCCUACUGUUUGGAAGCUUGCUACUGCUGCGCUACCUUCGAAAAAAGACUUAUCAGAGAAGUGAUGACAAAGAUGAUUCGUUACGUAUCAGCAACAAGCCUUCAAGUUCCUACUCAAUUGCACGAGGUGGACAUUUAAUGGAUGAAGGGGUCGCAAUCUGUAUUCCCCUCUAUGAGAUAGAAGAAGCUACGGACAGUUUUUCAAAGAAAAUCGGGAAAGGAAGUUUUGGGCCAGUUUAUUAUGGAAGAAUGAAAGACGGGAAAGAGGUUGCAGUUAAGACCAUGGCUGAUUCAACUAGCCAUGGAACAAAGCAAUUUGUGACCGAGGUUGCUCUCUUGUCAAGAAUCCAUCACAGGAACUUGGUUCCUUUAAUUGGAUACUGUGAAGAAGCAAAUCAGCGAAUGCUGGUCUACGAAUACAUGCACCAUGGAACCUUGCGGGAUCACAUACAUGAUUCAGGCAAACACAAGCACUUAGAUUGGCUGGCUCGUCUUCACAUUGCAGAAGAUGCUGCGAAAGGACUUGAAUACUUGCACACUGGAUGCAACCCUAGUAUCAUUCACCGGGACGUGAAAACAAGCAAUAUUCUUCUGGACGUUCAUAUGAGGGCAAAAGUGUCUGAUUUUGGACUGUCAAGGCAAGCUGAAGAAGAUCUAACUCAUAUAUCAAGUGUGGCACGGGGAACAGUAGGAUACCUAGAUCCCGAGUACUAUGCAAACCAGCAAUUGACUGAAAAGAGUGAUGUUUACAGUUUUGGAGUUGUCCUAUUGGAACUGAUCUCUGGAAGAAAGCCCGUCUCAACUGAAAAUUAUGGUCCUGAAUGGAACAUAGUUCACUGGGCAAGGUCAUUGAUUCGUAAAGGGGAUGUAAUCAGCAUCAUUGAUCCUACCCUCACAGAAAGUGUCAAAAUUGAGUCCGUAUGGAGGGUCGCUGAAGUUGCAAUCCAGUGUGUCGAAAAACAUGGAUAUUCCCGCCCAAGGAUGCAGGAAAUAAUAACGGCCAUACAAGAUGCAAUCAAGAUCGAGGAAGGAAAUGGAAAGUUAUCUCCAGGGAGUUCAAAAGCACAAUCUGCACGCAGAACACUACUAACGAGCUUUCUCGACAUAGAGAGCCCUGACUUAUCCAAUGGGUGCCUACACCCAUCUGCAAGAUAAACAUCUACUCAAACCCCUGUAAAACAACACUAAAGAUACUGGUAUAUGCUUAGUGAAAAUCGUUUGGCUUCCUGUUGAUAUACCUAUAUAGCAGAUUUACAAAACUUUCAACUCAAGUGAUUUUCAAAUUC